AUGGACACCCAGCAAGCCGCGCCGGCCCUGCAACAGCCGCCACCGCAGUCGCAAAACAACACUGCUGCGUCUGCGGCCGUGUCUAGCUCCUACAAGCGCGCCAGCCGCAAGGGCGCCCCACGACGCUUUGCUUGCGACUACCCAGGCUGCGACAAGAUAUACUCAAGGGCCGAACAUCUCCAGAGACAUCAGCUCAACCAUGCCCCCAAGGAGAUCUACCGUUGCGACUUUGCUGGGCUCGGCAUAGGAAAAGGCAUUCUGCCUCAUAUGUUCCCCGGAACCGACCCCCUAGCUUCACCGCUCCAGCCGAGCCCACGACUGCCUCGACAAUCCCUUCAGCAACAACCCGUGGAGACACUCGUCCAGCGCUUCCCCGUGUGCCUCACGAUGCGGCAAUCCUCCUCGCCCCCGAUCCUCCCCCCGCAACCUCCUGCCCCGUCAUUACCAGCUCCCGCCCCGCCCAGAAUGCAGUCUACUUGGGCUACACAGCAGCUGCCGGACUUAGGUCCCUGCAACAUUAUUCGCCCAAAACCAGGUUACUAUCCUCGGGAGGACCCGCAACCUCCAGGUCCCCCAGCCCCGGUCCCGUUCGCAGCUCCUGCUCCUCAGUUCCAGACGGAUGAUCAAAACUUUGCGAUGUGGCUGCUCGAUCCCGGCGCGCCAUAUACCGAGUUCAGCGUGUCCUCAGUGCCCUUCGCUGAUGGAGGGUUAGAGUCAGCGUUCAACAAUAACAUUCAGUAUGACUACGAGUCAUUGACAAGCGGCCGUUCUCAGCUUGAGACCCCGAGGGCUUUUGGUGAGGGCGAAGAACUCCUUUCCGAGACCAGGCGCCGGCAAAUACUCCAUUAUUACCGGCAGUUUCUGGACAAGAAUCCCAAGCUUAAGCCUCUUGUUGCCAAUAUUCAUGACGAUGGCGGGGAUAUUCCCGUGCUGAGUGUGGACAUGAUGCGGGAUUGUCUGCAGGAGUUCUGGGAUCGAGUGUCGCCCCGGCUUCCCAUCGUCCACCAGCCGACGUUCGACUGUAACCGUUGUUCCAUCUUCCUCGUCAUGGUCAUGGUGGCCCUGGGAGCCGUAUCAUUACGGACAAGAGACAUGACCGGGAAUUUGGGCGACUACGGAGGCUUUGCCGAUGUAAUCGUCUGGGGUGCCAGGGGCGAGAUCCUAGGCUCGGAGGAGGCUACUCCGCCAGUCUCGCUCUGGGUUUCGCAAUCAUUACUGCUGCUGGAAUUCUACGAAAAGAUGUAUUCAUCUCGACGGCUACAUGAGCGAGCACACAUCUAUCAUGGUGUUGCGCUCAACCUGCUCCGGCGUGGAAACCCGCUAAUUGGCCGCGCUGGAAGCGAGUCCCCUCCCGAGAUGCCAUCAUCUGAUGCGUAUGCUUGGUGGUGCCGUUGGGCUAACACAGAGUCUAUGCACCGUGUCGUCUUUGCAGCAUUCAUGAUGGAUAUCAUCCAUGCUGCCAUGUUCGGACACGCAGCAGACAUGGCUCCUCACGAGAUCCGCCUGCCGCUCCCCUGCGAUGAUAAUCUCUGGACAGCAUCGAAUCCCGAUACAGUCCGCCAGCUUGACCACAAUCUUCGGAUGUAUGGUAUCAAGCAGGUGUUCUUCCUCGAUGGGCUGAAACGCGCUUUCCAUGGAAAGGAGGUCAAGACGCACACCUUUGGCCGCAUGAUUCUGAUGUCGGGCCUCUUGAGCGUGGGUUGGCACCUUACGCGAAGGGAAGCCUAUCUGAAGGGGCUAGACUUAUCUGCGCCGUCGGCUGAAACGCAAGAGACAUGGAGGAAAACGCUGCUAAACGCGUUCGAUGAGUGGAAGCAGAGUUUUGACGCCGCCCAAGGAACUGCUGUGAGCCCCAGCCUCGCGACAGUUUCCCUCCAAAUCCCUGGCGCCAAUGGCCCGGUACGCAGCGCAUCUGUGCUCUAUCACUUAGCACAUCUCAGCCUGAAUGUCGAUAUCAUCGACUGCCAGGUCUACGCCGGGGCAAGGCGGUUGCUGGGGCGGAAGGUGUCGACCCGCGAUUAUGCCAAUGUCGUUGCGCGGAUGAAGAGCUGGGCAACCCUGCCGUCUACUCGCCAUGCCAUCCUACACGCCUUCAAACUCUUGCACCGCGUGCUCGUCGAUCCCAGAUGGAGCAUCCCUGACGACAGCGACCGGAUAAGCGCCACAGGGAAUAUGACCCUCCCUCCCAUCAACGGAACCCUAUACUCCUGCCGCAAUGAGCUGGAUCCUCAUCGCCCCUGGAUCAUGUACUACGCCGCGCUGGCGAUCUGGUCGUUUGUGAGAGCAUUGAACCACAAGGAGUCGAGUCAGGAUCCGGUCGAGCAGCAGCAGGUCCCUCCAGGCUUCCCGCAGAGUAAAGCUCCUCCACCUCCCGUUGAUCACCGCCGUGUUGCGGUGUAUCUCGCCGGCGUGUCGAAUCUCCCUGAGCUGACAGAGAGUGCGGCAACGGAGCUUAGAGACGGAUUGCCCGAUCUGUUGGACGCUCUUCGGUCCUUCUUUUGGGAGGCGCACUCGGAACUGUUGCAGGAGGCACAGGAGCGGUUGAGGGUGUGUAAGGAGAUUUUGGCGACUACUACGUGA